GUUCCUUCUUUCUUUCUUUCCUUCGUUCUACUCUCACCAUCUAACAAGUCGUAACAGCAUUAUCUCUUGUUCUCUCUUUUAUUCAAUUCCAACUUGUUUUUACAUUCGUUGAAUUUCAGAUCUCGUAGAUCUGAAAACUCAACAAUGGCCAAAUCCAGAUACUCUCGUCUUCCAUCUAGAAAAUCAUCUUCUUCUUACACUAUCAUCUUCGCUCUCUUCAUCGCUUUCACUUUCCUUAUCCUCAUUCUCCUCGUUUUCGGAAUCCUUUCCAUUCCUUCUUCCAAUCAAAACUUGCCUAAACCCAACGAUCUCACCUCCAUUGCUCAUAACACCGUCGAUAGUGUUGAUGAUGAUGAUGGUAAGGGAGAGCGCUGGGUUGAAGUUGUAUCAUGGGAGCCUAGAGCUUUUGUCUAUCACAAUUUUCUGACCAAGGAGGAAUGUGAAUAUCUGAUUGACAUAGCAAAGCCAAGUAUGCACAAGUCAACUGUUGUCGACAGUGAGACUGGAAAGAGCAAAGAUAGCAGAGUGCGUACAAGCUCUGGAACUUUUCUGGCCAGGGGACGCGAUAAGAUUGUCAGAGAUAUUGAGAAACGAAUUUCCGACUUUACUUUUAUUCCUGUAGAGCACGGUGAAGGACUUCAAGUUCUACAUUAUGAAGUUGGACAAAAGUAUGAGCCUCACUAUGACUACUUUCUUGAUGAGUUUAACACAGAAAAUGGUGGUCAGCGCAUAGCAACAGUAUUGAUGUACCUUACAGAUGUUGAAGAAGGGGGCGAGACAGUGUUCCCUGCUGCCAAGGGCAAUUUUAGUUCUGUGCCAUGGUAUAACGAGCUUUCUGAUUGUGGGAAAAAAGGACUUUCAAUUAAGCCAAAGAGAGGCGAUGCUUUGCUUUUUUGGAGCAUGAAGCCGGAUGCAACUUUAGAUGCGUCAAGCUUGCAUGGUGGUUGUCCAGUGAUCAAAGGGAAUAAGUGGUCAAGUACCAAAUGGAUCCGCGUCAGUGAAUACAAAACUUGAGUAUACAUUAUUAUUGGCUUAUCUGAGUUCAUCAUUCCAACCGUGUGCAAUAUUUAAAGUCUCAGCGAGCUUCAGGUCUUGAAGGAAAUGGUUAUAGUGUGAUGCGGCGUUUUGUAAUUUAUGUUAUGUUAUGUAGCUUAGGUAACUCAUUUUUUCCCUACCUUUUUCAUUUAUAUGUAGCAAAUACAAUAAAAAAGGAAGUACUUGUGAAGUUGUGAAGUUGUGAACUUGUGAACUUCGCAUAAGAGAUUCUAGAAAAUGUAUGAAACCAAUAGAUGUAACAAGUAUACCAGCUUUUUCCUCCGAGCUCA